GAUCAUGCAGAAAGUCCACCAAGGGGUGGGACUUAUGAGGAAUUGAAACUAAAAUAAAGGAACUCUGUUUAGAUCUUUUCCCUAGCCUUAGCUGCAGUCCUCCUUUCUGACAAGGAUGUCUGGAGUCAGAGGAUGGACGGAAGGCAGGUCAUAUGGGACGGCAGGAGGUACAGGACGACGGCCACUUCCUGCACCCCAUUUAGGACAAGAGGGUUACCUCAGGGAUAAAAGCAAUCAAACAGAGGAGGCUGGAAAUUCCCAGCAGCUGAUGAGGUCUGGAGGAGAGCAAAAGAACCAACCAUCAACUUAUCAACAACAGCAAGAGCGGCAUUUCAACUCAUAUGUCUUAAUAACUCCGAAUGAAAGCAGAAGAAAUCGGUUGCAGCAAAUUGCUAAGAAAGAACUAGAUGACCUGGAGCAGUGGAAGGAAAAGCACAGGCUAGGACCAAUUAAGUUGGCUCCACAGAGACUGGGUGGAAAAGAAUCAGAGGCUCAAGCAAGGCAAAAACAGCAAAUGAUGUUCACACAAUCUAAAUACCAACAAAAGCACAAGAGAGAAGAAUAUAUGAAAGCAAGAAAAGCAGCUGAAGAAGCCGAAAUCCUGAAAAAGAAAGCAAUUCAGAGAGAAAAGGCAGAGAGACUUGAAGUUAAAAAAAGGCAACAAGAAAUGCAAAGAAGAGAGAUGUUCCUUGAAGAUCAAUUUCACAAAACCAAUGAAUUAUUGAACAGAUUGGACUCGGGUUUGCCAAAGAAUGAUUCCUGUCAGACUGCUAAUUGUGGCCCAGAAUCAACAGCAUGGGCUAGAAGCCGUAUAUAUAAGCGAGCUCUUCGAGAGGAUGAAAACAGAAGAUUGGAGGAAAUGAAGCAAGAACAACGGAGGAAGGCUCAAUUAAUGGAAUCAAAACAAAAGCAGAAGGAAGAAGCCAGGAUAAGAGCACAUCAAGAUGAACAGAGGAGAGUAAAUAAUGCUUUUCUGGACCGACUUCAGAAGAAAACACAAUCUAAUAACAUCAGCCAACCUGGAUAUUCUGGGAGUCUGGACUACUGCAGUGAUGGUGCCUGGGGGUCAAACUACUUGGAAUAAAGGAUUAAUGUUGCCAGAAGACACAUCUGUAUGAAGAGUGAAAUGUCUUUGAGAGCCAUGGCCUACAAUGGAGAUAUAAGAAAUUACAUUUAUCCUCAAAUUGAUAUUAACAAGAUACCUGGAAUCUGCAAUUCUUAUCCUGUUGGACGGCUUUCAGUAUCUCAGAAGUAACACCUUCCCACACAUACAUCCUAACAAAAACAAAUCUGGAAAGUAAAUAUCUUUUUAAAGGGGUUAUAAUGAAACAAGAGACUCUGGGCUGGAAAAAUGGCACCAUGUCAGUCAAGAGUUAGGAAGUAAUAGCUGGGUGUGUUUGCUAUCAAUCUAUCGGAAUAAGUCUUUGGUAAAGAUUUCAGAUGAAAACACUAGAUUGUUCUAGUUACAAAGUACACUGACAAAAUUAAUUAUCUGUUAUGCAGUACAGUAGAAAUAAAAGUUAUUAGUUUGUAGCAGACAGUAGAAGGUUUUUGUUUGUUUGUUUUGAAAAUUGUUGUUGCCUGAAGAUGAUCUGCACUUUGUUUGAUAAAUCAGCCUUCCAACAGAGAAUGGUGUGAUGUUGGAAGUUACAAGAUACACUUGCUUUUUCCAUGCUGAGACAAAUUUACUCAAACAGAAUGACUAAACCAUUACAAUCAGCUGUUCUAAAAUUCAAUACAAGCUGACAGCAAGAUUCCUAUGUUUAGAUUUUAUGGUCUGUCUAAAUCAGAAACUACCUUCCCAUGAAGAAAUGCAAUGAUUAUUUAAGGACCUACAGGACUGAUUCUCCGUUUAAGUUUCUAAAAGUUGUUCCAGUGUCCCAACUGGUAAAAGUAUCUACCUGACUCCUAGUUGACACUUGCCAAAUUUCAAUAUUUCAUUAUUGAAUUUUCUUACAUGCUGCCUAGUGCAUUUAAGCAUUUCCUGUUGUUAGGACUCUGAUUUUUUCAGUGUGCACUGAAGUAGGACAGCUUCAUUCAACCUUCAGUCUUUGUUCAGCUUUUAUUCUAGGAUUUGCUAUUAAGUGUAUCUUUUUGUUUUGAAACUGAGGCAGAGUAUUACUCUCUGCUAGAGAGGGAAUUAAUCUGUAGAUUACAUCUUAUGGUACUCAGUGUUCAAAUCACACCUCUUCUUGAAUAAAUCAAGAUCUCUUCUUGGAGAAUAUCUCAACCAUCAGGCCCUUUAGUGUAGUUCUCAGCAUUUGUGUUGUGAUGUCUUCUUUUUUACAUGAAAAAAUAGAAAUUCACAGGAAGUUAGAAGACACAUGGCCUAUCCCAAGAGCUAGAUGUUCCUGCUCUUCCCCACGCCACCACUCUGCUCUUCCCUGAGAGCUCCCUUCUCAGUGUUUUAUACUUCCACAUAUUUUUGUCUUCUUGAGAACAAGCUGUCUGGCAGAAAUCUCUUUUCCUCCUUCUGUUAUGUUUUCCUUCUCCUUUCUCUUCAGUCAAGCCACCUCUCUUGUUAAAUCUCUACUUCACCAGAUGAUUAAAUAAGAUUCUUCUUGGGCACUCUUGACUCUAGUUACCAGCGGACUCUCUUCACUACACUUUGUCCAAGAACAAAUGGACAAAAUAUGAUUGCUGUUUUCUGAUUCACUUUAUUAUUUUAUUUUUAAUUCUGUCAUCAUUCCUUUCCCAGAGGCAGGUGCUUUUUCCCGACUCCUCCCUAUGUACUCUACUCGUCCCUUCCCCUUCCAUCUUGGUAUGAGAUUGUGUUAGAAAGAACAUUACCAGCAGAGGUGAUCACUCCUCUCUACUCAGCAGAGGUGGGACACAUCUGGGCUGCUGGAAUCUUCAGUAAAAGAAAGACUUACUGAAGUGAGCACAGCAAAGGUCCAAGACAAGAUGGAGAGACUGGAGCAUCUUUUAUAGGAGGAAAGGCUGAGAGCUGGAAACGUUCAGCCAGGAGAAGAGAAGGCUCAGAGGAAUCUUAGCACUGUGUGUAAGUAUUGGAAAAAGAGGAGUAAAGAAGACUAGAGGAGAGCUCUUCUCUAUGUGCUCAGUGUCAGGAUGAGAGGUAAUGGGGACAAGUUAAUCUACAGAAAAUUUUACCCGAACAAACACCAAAAAAACCCACAUUUUUAAUGUUGGAGUGAUCAAAUAGUGUCACAGUUUGCCCAGACAGGCUGUUGAGUUCCCUCCUUGGAGAAAUUCAAAAUAUAGUUGGACAGUAUCAAGAAACUUCCUUUAGUAACUGCGCUGAGCAGGGGGAUUUAAACUAGUUCAGCUCCAAAUGAUCUCACCUCUCCUAUGACUCUGUAAGCUCUUAAUUUGUCCAUAGCUAUUUUCAUCUUCUGCAUUCCUUUCUUUCCUCAUUCCUCAUUUUCCACUUGCAACUCAUGAACCAAGGAAGAGCUCUGUCAUUCUGCAGAGAUAAUGAAAAAACACCCAAAUUAAUUUUAACUGCUACCAACAUUAUUUCAUUUUUUCUAUCUUAUUUAAAGCAAUUCUGCAUUUCUGAAAUUUCUUAAUGGUUUCUGUCCCUGCAGUGGAUUGAAUCAGUAUCUCAUAUUAUUUCUUUUGGGCUAGAUCUUGGAGUCAAUGCUUAUUCUUCAGCCUCCUUUCUUGUCAGGAACAUUCAGUCCUGAUCCUCUCCAGCUCUGCACAUGGAGGCUCUCCUUUCACUGGGCACUUCUGGGUAGCUCUGCAAAGCCAUGGAUGCCAGCUUUAGUGCAUCAGAGAUCUGAACCGCUCAUUUUUCUCUCUCACCUGUGGAGGAGGACUCCUUAAGACCCUCACAUUACCUGGAAUAAACUAUUUUUCUUAUCCUAGUCUUAAAUGAGCCUUCUCAGCAAUCCUUGGCAGGAGCUCCGUGGGCACUGGCAAUGUUGGUAUGGCGAGAACUUCACUGUAGCUGGGACUGUAUAGUAAAGCAAGCAUGAAGAUGAGAGUAAAUUCGCUUGAGCCCAUACAGUUUCUCAUUAAAGGCUUUCCAAAUUUCGCAUCAAUGUAGGGAUCUUAUCUGAACUCUCUCCAGUCUGUUCUAAUUUUAAAAAAGAUGGUGUUUUCUUUUUUUCUUGCCAACAUUAAUUCAUUUUUUAUUUCACUUACAGCCCACAUUCCCCAUUUCUAGCUGUUUGAUCAUUGUACCUAGAUCUUUAAUUAAAAGAACGUAAGCCCAGAUUCUUCCACAGUCUGGACAUGUCUAUAAAAGCUAUCUUUAUUUCUCAUUCAUUUAGUGCCAACCGCAGCCUUUACCACAAAUUUGUCUUGCCUUUGUUCCCAACCCAUGAAUUCACUGAACUAAAUUUGGAUAGAAAACUAUACCAGAAAUGUUCCUUUUUGAAAGAUCAUUCUUGUUUAAUAUUUUAAAAU